UUAAUUACUGAUGAGGUCUCUAUUUGUAUUACUAGAAAGAAGUUUAAUGUUUCCUUACAUAAGUCAAAUUAUGUGUGUGCAGAUAGUUCUGAUAUAACUUAUCAAUUUCAUUCAGUUGGUUUGGGUUUCAGAACAAUGGCUACGACGCAGAUGGGUAAUGGAGGAGAUAAAAGAUGGUCUCUCGAGGGAACGACUGCUCUUGUCACUGGUGGAACUCGUGGCAUCGGGCAUUCAAUAGUCGAAGAGCUAGCUGGGUUUGGGGCAGCAAUUUAUACAUGUGCUCGCGAUAAGAAAUGUCUUGAUCAAUGCUUAGAAGAAUGGGAAAUCAAAGGUUUUAACGUUACAGGAUCAGUGUGUGACUUAAAAUCGCGACUUGAACGUGAGCAGCUGAUGGAAUCAGUGGCCUCUGCAUUUGGAGGAAAGCUCAACAUUCUGGUUAAUAAUGCUGGCAUAGCUAUACUUAAGGAGACAACAGAGUUCACAGCAGAAGAUUUUUCCAACAUAAUGGGUACCAACUUCGAGGCUUCUUACCAUUUGUGUCAGCUUGCACAUCCGCUACUCAAGGCAUCAGGAAAUGGAAGCAUAGUGUCUAUCUCUUCCGUCGCUGGUGUCGUGGCCCUGCCUUUGGUUUCCAUCUAUUCAUCCUCCAAAGGAGCCAUCAACCAACUGACGAAGAGUUUGGCAUGCGAAUGGGCAACAGACAAUAUUCGUGUUAAUUGUGUUGCGCCAUGGAUCAUCAAAACUGAUCUCAUUGCUGGAAUAGAAGAGGAUCCAGGACACAAAGAGAUAAUAGAUAGAAUGGUGUAUCGGACCCCGAUGCGUCGCCCUGGAGAGCAAAAGGAAGUAUCUGGAGUAGUGGCAUUCCUUUGCUUACCUGCAGCUUCUUAUACGACUGGCCAGAUUGUUUGCGUUGAUGGAGGUCACACUGUUUGUGGUUAUUAGUAGAUUAUCUGCAGGAGCGUUCACUGUCUAGUUAUUGAAUAUGUAAAGCUGGGCUGUGAUACAUUCUUCUGUAAAAUGAAACUAGUAAUUUCUCAGUUGAUAGUAUAACUGAAUAGAUGGAUUACUGAGUUGUAUUUUGAGGUGAUUUGAACAAUAUGUUUCAUAGAUGUGUAUGACCUUAAUAGAGUGAUGGAUUGCACGUAACCAGAAUUUGCUAUUGUUGAUGA